AUGGGCGGCAUUGCCCGGCGGUACGAGUACAAGUACAACUGCAAGUACAACUGCAAGUACAAAGCAGACAAGGAUCACGGCGACACGGAGCAUCGCGGAGCCGCUUUUUCUUUUGGGGCUCCCAAAGUCUGGACUCGACCGACCAAGACGCAAAGGGGCACGGUGACGUCCUGCGGCAGCGCCACCCGCGCUCUGGUUGGCCCUGGCGCGCCUGUGAGGGGCCGCUACGGGGGCCUUACGGGGGGGGGGGGCCUUGAGGGUUUACGGGGGACUGUAGCGCUUGUCUUUUUCCCAGCAGCGAGUCUGUGGCGCUGCUAG